AUUUGACGGGUCCAACGACUUCUGUAGCAGUCAUCGCAACUUCACUCCACCGAUUAAUGAAUGAAACAAGAAACUUGAUAGGUUCUCAGGCGACGCUGCAUUUACUUUACUUUCCUCAUAUGCCUGUCGCUAUCGCUUACGUUUCUCACCCCUUCAUUUUUUUUUUCUGAUUUUCUCUCCUCUUUAUCACAACGUCCUUUAAAGCGGGAAACAAGUAAAAGCAAUGAAUACUCUGAUUUCUUCGUCUUCUCCAUUGGAUUUCUGUUGUUUUCUUCUCUCUAUUCACUUUCGCCAUUGGGCAUCUUCACUGCCCUUCUUCUUUGCUUUCCUUUAUUUCCAGCCAUACGUUCACACCCUGCUCAGGUUAGGGGUUGUGUCUUGCACUUUACUGUAGUUAGUGGAUUGAAGAAGAGAUAUGGUUUAAGGGUUUUGCUGAGUAGAUCAGGAACCUUGAAUUGGAUUAGAAUGAGCUUUAACUGCUUCGGUGUUUCAAAUUGCUUCAAAGGGAAAGAAAGUCACAGCCAACAACAGCCAGAAGAGAUUGCCACCAGUAAUGUGAGGAUCUUCUCUUAUAAUACGUUGACAUCAGCAACAGGAAAUUUCCAUCCAUCAAACAGAAUUGGUGGAGGUGGUUUUGGAGUUGUCCAUAGGGGAGUGUUAAGGGAUGGUACUCAAGUGGCAGUCAAGUGUCUUUCUGCUGAAUCUGGACAGGGAAAGCAUGAGUUCAUGACAGAGAUUAAUUUAAUAUCAAAUAUACGACAUCCAAAUCUUGUUGAGCUCAUUGGCUGCUGUAUUGAAGGAAGUAACCGGAUACUGGUCUAUGAAUAUAUGGAGAACAACAGCCUGGCAACUUCUUUACUUGGUACAAAAGGUAAACACAUUGUUAUGGACUGGUCUAAGAGAGCUGCUAUUUGCGUUGGUACAGCGACUGGUCUUGCAUUUCUUCAUGAGGAAGUUGAGCCACCUAUUGUCCAUAGGGAUAUUAAGGCUAGUAACAUACUUCUUGAUGGAAACUUACAGCCAAAAAUAGGGGACUUUGGGCUGGCUAAACUUUUUCCAGACAAUGUCACUCAUGUUACUACUCGAGUGGCUGGAACAGUGGGAUAUCUGGCCCCAGAGUAUGCCCUACUGGGACAGCUUACCAAAAAGGCUGAUGUAUAUAGUUUUGGUGUGCUCAUACUUGAAAUAAUUAGUGGGAGAAGUAGCAGUAAGGCAGCAUUUGGGGAAGAUAUGUUGGUUCUGGUUGAAUGGGCGUGGAAACUGAGGAAGGAAGAAAGGCUUACUGAUCUUAUUGAUCCAGAACUGACUGAAUAUCCAGAGGAUGAAAUGAUGCGCUUCAUUAAGGUUGCACUCUUUUGUACCCAAGCAGCUGCACACCAAAGACCCACUAUGAAGCAAGUACUGGAGAUGCUUUCCAGGAAUGUCAACCUUAAUGAGAAGGCACUAACAGAACCAGGGGUAUACAGGAGUCAUACCUCCUCUCAGCACUUUGGAGGCAGUUCAGAUGAGACAUCAUCUUCCCAAAAGAAAAAAGGCAAGCAAUCAGAAUAUUUUUCUGUAACAUCUACUCAGUUUGAUAGUGAUCAGAGUGUGACACAGAUGCUUCCCAGGUGAUGCAUUGGCUUAGUUCUUUGUACUCACCAGUGUUCUUUGCUUAAUCUUGCUGACCAGAAUGAAGGAAGCCUGUAAAGUCCUAGCUCCUUGUCAAUUCUUCCCCACUAGGCCUGGCAAUCUUUUUACUCAACGAAGUUCUUUAAGUGAUAAAUUAAACUUUUGAUAAGAGAAUGGUUUGGGGGGUCAAAUGAGAAUAAUGGUAGUAGUAGUAGUAGUGGUAGUAUCUACUAUUUAUACCACAUGCAAAUACAGAUGUAACAAGUUGAUAAAGCUAUUCAGCUAAUAUGAAAUUUGUUAUGUAAUUUCUUAUGUCAAAUUUAUGUAUUGUUUGCCUUCUUGUUGAUACGGAUCUGGUGUGUAACAUAGCUGAAUAACGAAAAAAGAUAUAUCAACUAAUUUGGAAUUAAAACUUAGUUGUUGUUAUCAUCGUCA